AUGUUCGGGAAGAUCCUGUCCUUCCUUUUUGCCAUUCAGGAUGUCAACAAAAACACCAGGCUCCUACCCAACAUCACCCUGGGCUACAACAUCCAUGAAAGCUAUUUUGAUGCAACAAUAACUUCUGAUGCCUUACUAAGCCUACUCUCUACUGGGCAGGUGAAUGUUCCAAACUACAACUGUGGAAGAAGGAACGAAGUGUUAGCUAUUCUCGAAGAAUUUGACUCUGAAAUCUCCAUCCAGAUUUCAACCAUGUUGGGCAUCUACAAAAUCCCACAGAAGUUUGGGGAGAAAGCAUUUCGAUGUUCUUAUUCAAAGCAUGCCUUGUCUGUGAAAGGCUGGACCAGAUGCACAGAGAAAGAGAACCAGGAGGUCUUGCCCCAAGAGGACGUGGAGAGGAUCCUGUCUCAAGACAACUACGUCAUUUACAACACUGUCCAGGCUGUGGCCCGUGCCUUAGAUGCUGUUUCUUCAUCCAGAUCCAGUAGGAGAGUGGUGAAGGGUGGAGACAGGCUGGACAUUCAAAGGCUUCAGCCAUGGCAGUUUCACCCUUUCCUGAGAAACCCCUGGCAUUACAAUACCUCUAUCAUGAAUGGAGCAUACUUGGAGGACACUGGAGACCUGGCCUCUGUCUUUGACAUUGUCAACUGGAUGGUGCUUCCUAACCGAUCUUUGCUUCGACUCAAGUUUGGGAGUAUAGAGAGUCAAGGAUCCCCAGGCCUCAAGAUCACCAUUGACCGGGAUGCUGAAGUGUGGCCCAAAUGGCUCAAACAGCCCCUGCCCCGUUCCAGGUGCGCUGAAAGUUGUCUCCCCGGAUUCAGGAAACUGGUUCAGAAAGGAAGGCCUGUUUGCUGCUAUGACUGCAUUCCCUGUGCAGAAGGGACCAUCUCCACUCAGGAAGAUGCAGCCCUUUGCACCAAGUGCCCAGAAGAUCAGCAUCCAAACAAGGACCGAGAUCACUGUAUCCCAAAGGAAAUGACCUUCCUGUCCUAUGAAGAAUAUCUGGGGAUCAUCCUAGCAUCUCUUGCCCUCUUCCUGUCCUUCAGCACAGGCUUGGUGUUAGGAAUCUUCAUUCGAUUCCUAGAAACUCCCAUAGUCAAAGCCAACAACCGGGACCUCUCCUACGUUCUCCUCAUCUCCCUCCUGCUUUCCUUCUUGUCCUCCUUUCUCUUCAUCGGCCGGCCAAGGACAACGACAUGCGUCCUCCGACAAACAGCCUUCAGCAUCAUCUUCUCAGUUGCUGUCUCUUCUCUCUUGGCCAAGACGAUCACUGUGGUGCUGGCCUUCAUGGCCACAAAGCCAGGGAACAGGGUGAUGAGGUGGUUGGGGAAGAUGUUGGCCAACUCCAUUGUCAUUUCCUGUUCCGGUGUCCAAGUUGGACUUUGCACCAUCUGGCUGGGGACCAAUUCUCCAUUCCCUGACUCUGAAAUGCACUCCCAGCCUGGACAGAUCAUCCUGCAAUGCAACCAAGGUUCUGUUGCCAUGUUCUAUGCUGCCCUUGGCUACAUGGGCUUCCUGGCUGCCAUCUGCUUCACGGUGGCCUUCCUUGCCAGGAAGCUGCCUGGGUCCUUCAACGAAGCCAAGCUGAUCACCUUCAGCAUGCUGGUCUUCUGCAGCGUUUGGGUCUCCUUUGUGCCCACCUACCUGAGCACCAAGGGGAAAUACAUGGUGGCCGUGCAGGUCUUCUCCAUCUUGGCCUCCAGUGCUGGGCUGCUGGGCUGCAUCUUUCUUCCCAAGUGCUACAUCAUUAUACUGAGGCCUGAUCUGAACAGAAAGGAACAUGUAAUGAUGAAAACAAAAGACGGAAUCUAA